GUGCCCAACCCGCUUUGCCUUUUCAGUUUCUGAACAAAUUUGUUGCAUUUUCCAUUUUUUUCUUCGCACUCUUUCAUCUCUUCUUCUUCUGUGUAUUGAGGCAUACGCAACAAUGGCACCCAGAGGCAGACCCAGAAAGCGAUUAGGCCGAAUAGACGCAGCAAUUGAUGCCAUGACACCUUUCGGCUUUGAUGAAUCGCUAGUUCGGAAAACAGUGAAUAAACUUCUCAAGGAAUACGGCGGAAAUGAGGGAUGGGCCUUUAUUGAGGAUUGUGGCUACAAAGAACUCAUUGAAGCUAUACUUCGCGAUCUAGAGAGCAAUGAUGAAGGCACUACUAAUUUACAAGAGGUACAAUUGCUCCGGAGACUUGAGUCACUUUUGAUGAAAAUAUUAUUUUGGGGAAAAUGUUUUACUAAGAAUUCUUCUGUGUUAAUUUUUUUCCUGCUUUGGUUGGAUAGAUACAAAAGUAAAUGACAAUUGUAAGAGGAGUCGAUAGGGUAGGAGGAGUGUGUUUUUGAUGAUAAUUUUUGCUAUUUUAGUUUGACCACAAUGUCGAAAU